GAUCGGCGGUAAUCGCGGAAGUGUGUCGCUCUCUGGUACGUCGCCGCUCCCUCAUCGCGCCAUUGAGAAGUCAGGGAAGCUCAUUCCAACCUAUAGACUCGCCGUAACCGCAAGUCCACGUUGUCAAUCAUGGCCGAGCAGGAGCCCACCCCAGAGCAGCUAGCAGCCAUCGCCGCAGAGAAUGAAGCCGCCGAGGGCGUCAACUACAAGGCACCGGCACAGAAGAGUCUUCAGGAAAUCCAAGAGCUGGACAAAGACGAUGAGAGCCUUCGCAAGUACAAGGAGGCUCUGCUGGGCUCUGUCAAUGUAGUCGCAGAUCCCAAAGUUCCCAACGUCCAGGUGACACGGCUAACUCUUCUGUGUGAAACAGCCCCCUCCCCCCUGACCCUUGACCUGCAAGGAGAUCUGGAGGCUUUUAAGAAGCAGUCUUUUGUGCUGAAGGAAGGAGUGGAGUACAGGAUAAAGAUCAACUUCAAGGUAAACAGGGAUAUUGUCUCAGGAUUGAAGUAUGUACAGCAGACCUUCAGGAAAGGAGUGAAGAUUGACAAGUCUGACUACAUGGUGGGCAGCUAUGGGCCUCGACCGAACGAGUACGAGUUCCUGACACCUUUAGAGGAGGCGCCCAAAGGCAUGCUGGCCCGCGGCACGUACAACAUGAAAUCUAAGUUCACCGACGACGACAAACACGACCACCUGUCCUGGGAAUGGAACCUCAACAUCAAGAAGGAGUGGAAAGAUUGAGCCGUUUCCACAGCCUGACCAUUUUCCUUCCUGUCAUCCUCCCUUCCUCUCCAAUCUUCUCUAGUCCUCCCCUACACCUUUACAUCAUCAUCACCCCCAUAAUUUUGGAUUAACUGCUUAACUGAUUUAAAGGAAAAGGAUCUUUCUCACUCCGUCCACUUUCCUGCAGUUUCCAUAUCUCCCUCUGUAUUCCAGUUCCUUUCCCUUCCAAUGAGUAUUGAGGCUUUUCAUGAAAUAUAUAUAUGUGAAAACAAACAAAAACGUGCACAAUCCAUACUUUGUGUUUUGGUUUGUUUGUAUAUAAAAGUAAAAACGGAAGAAAAAAAAUCUUGAAAAUAUCUCAUGGAUGCUUGUGACAUGGUUAUUAGUAAUCUUCACUGUUCCUGUCCUCUUCCCGUGUCUCAUCAUCACUGUUUCUGACAUUCCUUUGUUUUCUUAUUAAAACCAUGAUCUGCCUUUAUAAAGUGUAAUGGGAGCAGGUGCCGCUUGGUGAUAUUUAGCCACCGCCAGCAUUCCCUCAUGUCCGCCUUCGCCCGGAGGGAACGUGUCCGAUGCCUUUGAGAUGAGAUGAGCUGUUGUGCAGAUAGACUGUCGUGGUGUAUAACUGUAGAAAUGUAAGCGAUGUGAUAGAGCAGGUCUUUACUUGUCUCUCAGUAUGUAUGCAUGCAUGUCCACACGUUGCGUUAGCUAUGUUGGGUUGGCAGGACGUGAUGUCCUGACCACUAGGGUAGCCGUACUAAAAAUCCGCCUUACCCUGCUUUAAUGUCGCAGGGUUUUUCCAUUGAACCGUUUCAUGUGGCCUUAAAAUUUAAUUCCGUAGCAAGACAUUUUUUAAAGCAACUAGGUUGAAACCCAAAUUCCUGCUCCCUCAAGGGUUCUGGCUGUCUCGUCUGCUGCCUUCUUCCAUUGGCUUGAUUCGAGACGGUCAGUAGAAGUCCAACCUUGUUGCCCCGCCCACAUUAUCGUACCUCCGACAGAUCCACGCUUGCGCACAAACCUGCCGCUUUCCAAAGACGACUAGUGGUUCGCUCGUGGUGAAUGUGAGCUGACAGCUCGCUCGAAGAAGUUUUUUUAAAAGCGGGAAAAGGGCUUUUCGCUCACGGACCUCGAGUAUUGAAGGACUCAACUGAAACAAAUGUCAAACUACACUGACUGUGCCUCCAGUAGUGACAACCACAGGCUGCUUGAGAUGUGUAAAAGCUAAAGGAAGAUAGAACUCUAAACAGGUGCUUGUGUAGGGCGACGGCUUAAGGGUCUCCGGUCUCAGUGUAGAGUAACCUCAACGUUCCAACGUGCUCAAUGCCUCACUGUACUGUUUCAUACACACUUUUCUUUAGCAACGUUGCCUGUCAGAGUAAGAGCCUGAUUCGCCGGUCUAAAACGCUUCUUCUGUCUUCUUGUGUUUGCUUAUUCUGUGUACUUAUCUCUGAUAGCUGGAGAUUACUGUUCACCUGUCAACAUUAAAAGUGUUCAGAACAGA